AUGUACUGGAGACUCACCUGCAGAGAGGUGUUCAGAUUUGUCUGCAUCUACCUGUAUGUCACACACCUACUGGCAGUGCCACUGAAUGACACAGCCAGCCUGUGGAAUGACUCAGACCACACCAGCCUCGCUGUCAUCCUGGCCAAUGACAACAUGACAGACACGCUUCUAAGAGCAUGUCAGACCAGAGACAUCACAACCAACAGCCACAACUGUAGCCUGACAUGCCAGUCGCAGGUAGAUCACAUGACCCUGAGAAGAUCAGACGAUGUCUGCCUCCUGGAGCAGCGCAAAACGAAUGUUUCCUGCAGUCAGCCGCAAACCCCAUAUACUGAGGGCGUGCUGGUCGUAGAGGUCACUGUGGAAGAAUACAGAGGGGUCAAUGUCAGCACCAAUUCAACCAAGGUCUCAACGAACAGGGCAGAGAUACAGAACCCCAGCGUGGAUGUCCAGGUACCCCCCGACCUCUUCUCCAGGGUUCCGAGGAACCGGCUUCCAAAGAAGGUGAAGUUCCUCUUUGCUGUCUCUGUGAACACAUCCUCAGACCAGAAUGGAGACAGACUGCUAAAUGACUUUCAAUUGCACAUGGAGGUGGAUAACAUCAAAAUCCAAAACAUGUCAACCCCAUUUACUCUGACCAUUCUCCACAUGUCACUGAUACAGGAGGAAUAUGUACCGAAGUGUGUUUUCCAGAAUCAAAGUGGGCAGUGGGACACCUUUGGCUGUUACAUAGACCCCCCCACGCCCAACAAAACCACCUGCCGCUGCCAUCACUUCUCCUUCUUCGGAGCUCUGCUGGUCCGUGACGUGCCGGUGAGCGAGGUGCACCUCCGCGUGCUGCAGGACCUCACCUACAUCGGCUGCGCCAUCUCCGCCACCUUCUGCACCAUCGCCCUGCUGAUGCACUGCCUGCUGAGCACGGGCGGAGCAGCAGACCACGCCCUCCUGAUCCACCUGCAGCUGAUAGGGGCUCUCCUCCUGCUGAACGUGCUGUUCCUGUGCAGCGUGGGCGUGGCCCCACUGGCGUCCCCCGCCCUCUGCAGAGCCCUGGGCCUGCUGCUGCACUACGCCCUGCUGUGCUGCUUCACCUGGAUGGCCCUGGAGGCCUUCCACCUGUACAGGCUCCUGAUCCAGGUGUACAACACCUACGUCAGACGCUACCUGGUGAAGCUCAGUCUGCUGGGCUGGGGCGCUCCAGCUGUGGUUGUGAUCGUCAUCGUUGCUGUCAGUACGAAAAAUUACGGCCUGACCGAUACUGGAGCAGGCGAGAUGUGCUGGAUCCCGAACCUGGCUGUUCACUACGCCUCCAUCGUGUCCUACCUGGCCCUGGUGCUCCUGUUCAACAGCUGCAUGCUGAUCUACGUCAUCGUGACCAUGAUGCACCUGCACUCCCCGAAGACGUCCCCGCAGAAAGGCCUGAACUCCCGCACCGUCAGCAGCGUCCUGGGCCUCACCUGCGCCCUGGGCCUCACCUGGGGCCUCGGCUUCCUCUCCAUCGGCUACACCAACCUGCCCAUCCUCUACACCUUCACCAUCCUCAACUCGCUACAAGGGUUUUUCGUGUUUCUGUGGGUUUGUCUGAGGAGACGGCGCAGAGAAGAGCCAGCCUUCACCACAAAGUCCUCUGCUCCAGACCCUCCCAACACUUCUCAAGAGCAAGAGUGAACCUGCACCUUUCAAUGCAUGACACCUGCUUCUACUGCCCCCUA